GUCUUCCAGUGCUCCCUGCCGUCGAGAACAAUGCGUCUAGCCAACGUUCUCUUGGUGGUAAUUGUCGUUGUCAUUGCAGGCGUCAGCACCACUUUAGCUGCUUCUGACAAGUCCAGACUCUUAAGGUUAGCAACCUCCACGGCAAAUGCCAACGGCUACAGCACCAACAUUGGUGGCGACAAUAACAAUGUCGAAGAACGCGCCAUCAACUUGUCCGAUGCCAAGCAAUGGAUCAAGACCAUGUUCAAGAAUUGGUACCAAAAAUGGCUCACCAUGAGGCACGAGAAAGCGGCCAAGGAGCUAGCUAACGAUGUCUCCCCGGGAACUAUCGAGAAAAUGCUUCAGAACAAGGCUUUCCAGCGCGACAUGUUUAAGAAAUGGAACAAGUACAGAAUGGAGGACAUCAAGCUGAAACUGGGAGAAAACAUGAACAACGCCGAUGUUGCAGCAAUGCUGCUAAAUUACGUCCAGAACUAUCGAGUUUACCGAAACAAAGGCUGGAAAGUUGUUCAGUAAAUAUCUGCUCGUGCUUGAUCGGCAGUGCCGCCACCCAUCGUCUGCUCAAACCAGAACGAGAAUACACAAGAUUGAGUCG